AUGCCUGAGGGGUGUGCACCUUCCUUCAACAAGGAGGUCCAGUGCUACCGUCUGGAUCUGCAUCCAGACUUGCCGGUCGAGGAGUGGUGCAGGGAUCUAUCAGGAAGGGCAGCUGAUCGUGAAGAGCAGGAGCGAGCGCAACCGGUAAGUGUGAAACUUGCCGAGGGCGAGACUACGUUGUUGCAGACAAAAUCUGGAACGCUCUUGGGGGAUGCUUCAGCGGAGACGUUGGUCCCAUUGGGGCAACUUGUCCAAAUUCUUGGGUGCACUGUGCGGUGGUCCAAGAACCGCCUCAUCGUGAAUCAUCCAAUUCAUGGACGGCUGAAAGUUCAAGUUCGGGACUACUGCCCCCAGAUGGCCGAGCAUGAGGCACUCCGCCUUAUCAGCGAGCUCGAGGAGAAGCGGUUGAUAAAGAUGAACAAUACGGUUAAGGCCUUGGAGAUGAGAGUGGCUCAGAGCGAACACGUUAUGGAGUGGUUCGAGUAUGUUCAGAGCUAUGUCACCACUGGAAAGCGCGUGGAGCUGCUGGGAGCUCUCACUAAGGCCCCGUUCCUCAAGGACGUCUCCUUGGACACGAUUGCCAUGGCAGCAGAGGACAUUCCCCUGCGUGACGUGGAUGGAUGGAAGCUUCUCAAGUCUAUGUCUAUGCCAUGGUCCAGAAGGAAGCGAAGGUCGCUGCAUCGAUCCAGCGAUUGGAAUGUGCAUCUUUUCUCUGGACCUUCGAGGCCAACGAGUACGACAUCUACUACUUCCAGGUUGUCUGUCACUGAGGCCUCGGGUGUCAAUGUUGAGGUCGAUAUCCUGGAUUCGGCUUUGAUGGAUGUAACCAGGAUGGACGGCGUCUUCAAGGUUCUUCUAUGGGGAGCGGCUCGUGGAAAGAUCAGGACUUUGAUUGGAGGCCCACCGAGAAGAUCUUAUUUGGUCGAUGAUGAUGAAAAAAGGGCCAAGGAGGAGCCGCUUGUGAUCAGGAUGUUGGUCUUGGCAAUGGUGGCUAUGGAAGGACGACGCCAGCAUCGCAGCGAUCGGCUGGGUUUUGCUUCGGAACAUCCGGACAAGGUCGUAGCCCAGGGAAAUGUUUGGUCAAGCUCUUUGUGGAAAGGCUUCUCGGAGGUGUAUGGAAUGGAGGUGGUUCAGUCAGGACGCGGCUCUACGGGAACAAAUAUGUACCUGGAGGCCUUGAACUCACUAACCUCAACUACCACGACCUCUGGAGUUUGGGCCAGUGAGUAUGCGCAGGCGAUCGGUGAGGCCGUUAAUGCCUGGAUUGCAAGCAUUGUGUUCAGUCAGCAGCAGGACGACCUCAUCGCCGCACCAAUCAGCAUCGCUUUAUGCUGGUAUGCGCUUACCAGUUCCCGUCCUGGAACCCCAGAUGCUCAGCAUGAGUCUGUUGAUGAUGAUACUGGUGCGGGCGCGGGUCUCGAGGAGUUGCUCUUCGAGGAGGAGGGCGGCGAUGAUAAGCAUGAGAUCAUUGAGGAGAGUGGCGCCGACAAGCAUGUGAUCAUUGAGAAGGAUGGCGGUGCUCAAGCUGAAGAUGCGAGUGGCCCUAGUCCUGAAGAGGAGGCUGCAAAAGCAUUUGAGCCGCUGGAAUUUGCUGAUUCGUGCGACCACUCAGAUCCAGAAAAUCCACUGAGGUCCGAAGGUGAUGCGCCAGCGCAGAACGGCACUGCGGAACAAGCGGUGAAAUAUCUGAAGUCUCGAACUCGGAUCUUGCUUGCAUCGGCGCAGGACUCAAGUGGAAGGGACAUCAAAGAAGUGAAGACGUGGUGGCCGAUGGCCGCUGAGACGGCAGCUGUGCGUCAGAGAUCUUUGGUGUUCGGUCUCGAGUCAAAUCCCCCGGCAGGCUUUGGAACCAAGGUUUUCGUGAAAAGGAAGAGAUAUGGUGCUGAGGCUCGUGAUCUUGAUCCUAAGUGGAGCAGCGCGGUCUACUUGGGGCCAGCGAGGGAUGUUCCUGCGGGUCAUGUUGUUCUGACGGACGACAAUCAUCUGUGGAACACCUGCAAUGUCCGACAGCUACCGGAUGUUCCCAUGGAGCCGGAUCCCUCAACCUUGGCAGCUAGAAGGAGAAUCUCCGGGAAAAGGCCGCCGGUUGCACCUAUACCUUUGAAGGCUUUGAGGAUUUCUUCUUUGCCAAAGGGGAAGCAAGAGGAGCGCGACGAUCUCUUUGUUGAGUCCCUCCCGGUGUCUGAGAUUAAGUCGGUUGCGAAGGUUGAAUAUCUUCCCAAUGGCGAUUUGAUGAAGCCUUUGGCCCAGGUGUCCCAUGAGAAGCAGUGGUAUGCCUUGGAGGAACGCAGAGGCUUGGGAGAUCCUGGGCCAGAUGUUUAUGCAACCUUUGGGGCCUACCAGCACGGCAACUUCACUGGUGUGACCAACGCCACGCGGGACUAUCCGGAGCUAGUGCAGUACCUGACGGCGUUCAUCAGGAGACACUCAGGAGAGAGCGAUCCUUUCACAAGCGUGGUUGUGGCCAGAAAUUUGGAAACUGGGCUGCACCGUGAUCGCUACAACGUGAAUGGCAUGAGGAACAUUGUCAUUUGGUGCGGAGCCUAUGAGCAGGGUGGAUUGUGGGUCGAAGGAUUCCAUGAUGGCUUUGAGUCAAUGUCCUCGACCCUUCCCGAUGGGCAGAAGGUUGACGGUUCUGUUGUGCCUACUGAGAAUCAGGUGGUGAAGUUCAAUCCGAGGCGACUCCAUAAGAGCCUCCCAUGGAAGGGCACGAAGUGGACCAUCAUUGCCUAUGUGAAUCGUGGAUUUGCUCGUCUACCGGAAGCAAAGGUGCAAGAGCUACGGGAUUGCGGCUUCCUUGCUCCUCGGUGUGAAGAAACUACGUUGAGCCAGCUACGUCUUCAGGAGGAGCAUGUGGAGUUUGAUUAUUGCGAGACCUCUGAUGAGGAGGAGCAUUUCGUGCAAAGCGUAGCUGCAGAAUCGAGUCUUGUUAACGUGAGGAAGCUCCUUGAUGAAGAGGAGAAGAUAGAGUCCAUUGGUCCUGGCAUCUUAGACCAGGAGGAGCGGGACGCAAUCGCCCGCGUGAAUGUCAAGGCGAUGCAUCUCUGUGAAGCAUUAGAUGCAGCUGAGGCCAAUCGAUGUGACGAUGCAGGUGAUCUGGACAGCCUUAAAUGGUUCCGGUUGUGUCGGCUUGUUGAAAGUGGAGAACAACAUGGAGUUGAAGAGCUGUUGAGAAAUCUAAAUGCUCCCUUGCAGGUUGUGUACACUCUGACGCUUGGGGAGGAAGUUCAGGCGUUGAUCAAUUGUGGGGCCUUGGUUAAGCUGGAUGCGGCCGAAGAAGACCGUCUUCAGCGCGAGGGCAAGCUAGUGAUCUUACCGGCCAAAGGCGUGUUUACUGUCAAGCCCCCCGACCUUCAAGCAGCUGCGGAGGCAAUCCAGUCAAAGCCGCAGGACCAACUAGAGUUCCCAGAUGGUGUCCAGUCAAAGCCUCAGGACCAGCUAGAGUUCCCAGACGGUGUCCAGUCAAAGCCUCAGGACCAGCUAGAGUUCCCAGACGGUGUCCAGUCAGCAAAGAGUUCUCAUGUGUCGGGUUCGAUUCCAGUUGAUGCCCUAUACAAGCGUACAGCAAGACUGGUCAUCUGUGGCAAUUUCGAGAAGAAUAUCAGUCAGGAGUUGUAUGCCGGAGGUUGCCAAACGGAAUCCCUGAGGAUUAUGGUUUCCCACGCUUCAUCCAGGCCAUUAUGGGACGCAGCGGUGACAGACAUUCGGAACGCCUUUGUGUUAGCUCCGAUGUGCACUGAUGCUACGUAUGGGCUGCGGUUUCCGAAAGUGUUUCUUCUCGCCUUGGGUCCAGAAUGGGACUGGCUUUACCGUGUAGAUCGGGCCCUUUACGGCUUCAGACGUUCUCCACGCCUUUGGGGCCUAUUUCGAGAUGCUAGGUUCAAGAAAGCCAGGAUCACACUUCAGAGCCUUGUUGGAAAUCGUGUGGCGGUUCUCAGACGGUUGGUUGCUGAUGAGAACAUCUGGCAGGUCGUUGUUCUAAAAGAGGGCAGCGAGGAGCCAGAUUUUGUGGCCGCCUACAUUGUGGUCUACGUUGACGACAUCUUGUAUCUCGGAGAGCCAAGCACGAUUUCAGAUGUUCAUGCGUGGUUGAGUGCUGAGUGGACCUCCAGUCCUUUGACAUGGGCGUCAGAUGUGGAUGGUAUAAGGUUUCUCGGUUUGGAAAUCUAUAAGUCCAAAGUGGGAUAUAAGAUGUGCCAGUUUGGUUACUUGCGUGAGCUCCUACGUCAUCAUGAUCUAACGAAUGGCCCCGGUGCUAGAACUCCAUGUCCGAGAGAGUGGCUCAUCGGCGAGGGUGAAGUGGAGCAGGCUGUGUAUGAUGAAGUGAGCUUGAGAAAGGCCCAGCAGAUGACAGGUGAGCUGUUGUGGCUUAGCACGAAGUCGAGACCAGACCUCAUGCAUUCGGUCUCCAGCAUGAGCUCUCUUUGUUUGCGAGAUCCAGUCCUGGUUGAAAGAAUCGGGAAGCGGGUUCUUGCCUACUUGUUUGCUACUUCGCAGCUCUCUCUUAUGUUCUUCGGAAGCAGUGAUGAGCCGGAACAUUCCGUUGUGGCCUACUCGGAUGCUUCUUUCAGCCCAUCAGGCGGAAGGUCUAUUGGCUGUUCAUUGAUCACCUACAAUGGCAAUGCGGUGGCUUGGCGCUCCGGGCGCCAGAGCCUGAUAGCACUGAGUACGGCAGAGAGUGAGUUGAUAGAAGCGGUUGCAGCGGUCCAGCUUCAGGCAGGAAUUUCGUCAUUGACGUCAGAGAUCAACGCUUCAGAGAUUCAUCUUCUGUUGCUUGUUGACAACAGCGCAGCUGUUGGCUUGUGCACCGAUGCACCAGGCACAUGGCGCACGAGAUACUUGCGCGUCCGUGCGGGUGCGCUUCGAGAACUUGUUAGAGAAGGCGUUCUGGUUAUCCGACACAUCCCAGGUCUUCUGCAGAAAGCUGAUCUUGGAACCAAAGGGUUUGAUGCAGUUCGUCUUUUUGAGCUACUUGAACUUUGGGGUUUGGUGCAACGUGAAGAUGAUCGACCUCGUAUUCCUUCUCCAGCAGCCAUACCGCAAGCAGAAACGACUAGCAAGACAAGCAAUCAUGUAGCAGGUUUAAGGGUUACCUGGGUCCAUGCAGUUGCACGCCUUGCUGUGGUGCUUUUCUGUUUGACGCAGCCUGUUGCUGGCAAGAAGUCCAAGCCUGACAUCGAAGUUGUCAAGAAGAUUUGGGGGAGGCUAUAUCCUGAAGAGCCUGAGUCGCGAGAGGCUAGACGUCUUAGGAAGCUGCAGAGUGCUGUACGAGACGAGCUUCAGGGAAUGGGUUUGGGUAGUCAAGCCACGGCCAUCCAGCGCCUCCUCCCACGUAUGGGCGAGGAGCAUCCAUACCCUCCUCCGCCUCCACCAUAUCCUACUGGAAGCUUCGAUGAUCCCCCACACCUUGAGGAGCUCAGGGGCACCUUUAGGAGAAGGCGAGGGCGAACUACAGAUCAAGCAGUUCAGACUGAGCCUCGGAGGAUUCAAGGAGAAUUUACGAUCCAGUACACUACGCCGCUGUAUGUGACCAAGAAUGGGAAGUGCAUUCACGCUAGGGACACUUGUUCGUCCUUGGUUGCGGGAGGCAGAACAGAGCAGCGGCACCUUUGUCAGCUUUGCAACAGAGGCUGA